AUGCCGAAGAGCCAGGGCAUUCUUCAGCACACGCUGCGGGCCCUGGAGUCCAGAGCUGCCAAAGCUGAAAGCGAUGCGAAAGGUAAAGUAGUCUUUGGCGAAGCGGAAGAAGAUGUCAAAGACUUCAAGCCAAGUGCUCAGGUGCUGAAGAAGCAGGAGCGCAGCGAGGAGCAGGAGGUCCAAUUCCGCGAGGCCUUGGAGUCUGAAGUUCAGAGCCUCCACGCGGACAUGGACGCCAGGGCGAAGUAUGAGGCCAGCUGCCAGGCGGCACAGCUUCGUGCUGAGGCGGAGGAGUGCGGGCAGGCCGCGCAGCAGGCGGAGCAUCGCCUGAAGAGCUGGCAGCACCGCGCCCAGGAGCGGCGGCAAUGGCUCGCGGAGGUUGUGCCCAUUGCCAAGUCUUCUGCGCAGAUUCUGGCGGCGGGCGACUUCAUCAAGGACUGCAGUUGCCCGAGAGCGAGCACUCGCUGGCUGCGGGUCUGCGGGCGGUGCUGA